AUGGGGUCGCGGGCCUCGCUCGCCGCGCUUCGAGCCGAUUCGCUUCUCCGGCGGCCUCCAGCGUCAACCUGCGAUUCCACCUCAGCGCAACCACCACCGCCCCUCCGCACGCCCUCUCCGACCCUGCGCAGUCACAAUGUCCGGCAUUGCCUCGUCCGUCUACAAGCAAGUUUUCUCGCGCUCCCGUACGCCCGCGACGCUCCCGCUAACCCCGGCCUCAGCUCCCUCAUCAAGAGGAACUACGUCUUCUUGACCACCGUCUUCGUCGGCGCUUUUGCGGUCCAGAUGUCGUUCGACUCCGCCUCGGACAAGAUCUGGGACAGCGUCAACAAGGGCCGCCAGUGGAAGGACAUCAAGCACAAGUAUGUCGAGGCCAGCGACGACGAGUAG